AUGGGUAGUUUGGUGGGUCAUGUAGCACCAGGUUUAGGGUUCUUUAUUAUAGGACUUUGGCACCUUCUAAAUCACAUAAAGCUCCAUGCUCUCCGGCCAAACUCGUACACCUCAUUACCAUGGUUUCCAACCUCAAAGUUGAAGUAUUUAGAGCUCUUUCUCAUAAUGGGUGCAUGCUCUGCCUCUAUAGCCAUGGAGCUCUUCAUAGGGCCAAACCGUCAUCAACCCUUAGACAAGGACUGGACAAUACCCUCUAACCACCUUCACAACUUCGAACACUCUUUUAUAUCCCUUUCAUUCUUCGUCUACGCAGCCUUAGCCCUCGUCCUUGACUGCUGCGGCGGUGGUGGUCGGACCAAGUCGACUCAGCAUGGUCUAACCCAGAUACUUGGGGCGGCAGCCUUUGGGCAACAACUCCUCAUAUUCCAUCUCCACUCAACGGACCACAUGGGUUUGGAGGGUCAUUAUCAUUGGCUUCUUCAAAUUGUUAUCUUCAUUUCUCUUCUCACUACCCUUAUGGGCAUUGGUUAUCCCAACAGCUUCUUGAUCAGCUUCGUUAGGUCAUUCAGUAUACUCUUUCAAGGCGUUUGGUUGGCCACCAUGGGGUUUAUGCUUUGGACGCCCGGGUUUAUCCCCAAAGACUGCUUUAUCAAUUUCGAAGAUGGUCACCAAGUGGUUAGGUGUAAUGGGCAUGAAGGUCUUGAGAGGGCUAAAUCAUUGGUGAACAUUGAGUUCAGUUGGUACUUGAUUGUAUUCAUUGUACUCUCCAUAGGGCUUUACUUGUUCUUGAUCAGAUUUGUUUACCCUGAGAAGGAACAGGAGUAUGAAUCCUUAUCGAAGUAUGAAGAACAAGAUCAUGAAGAUGUUGAGGCUCAGAAGAAAAUUAGGAGAACUAAGAGCUUCAUUACAAUGGGGAAGGGAUCAACUACAUCAAUGGAUAUCGAGAGGUGA